GACAUAGAGAAGAAUCCAUGUGAGGACACAGCAAGAAGACAGCUGUCUGCUAUCCAAGAAGAGAAUCCACAGCAGAAACCAACCCUGAGGACACCUUAAUCUUGGACUUCUAACCUCCAGAACCUGGAGGUGCGUGAAUUACUUGCUCUCUUGCCUAUACUUCCUGCCCAGAGUAAUCAUGCCUCGGGGUCAGAAAAGUAAGCUGCGUACCCGUGACAGACGCCACCAGGCUCGAAGUGAGACCCAGGAUAUCUGCGGUGUUCAGGCCACUGCAGCCGGGGAAGAAAGGCCCUCCACUUCCUCCUCUCCUCUUUAUGGUGUUAAUCUCCAGAGCUCCCCUGGUGCUGGGCCAAGUAGCAAAUCUCCAGGCCCUCAGAGAGCCCCAUCCACUACUAGUACUUCUGCAAGUGUUUCACGCACAAAAUUUGAUGAAGGGGCCAAGAGCCAAGAUGAGGAAAAACCAAGCACCUCCCAGGCACCACCCACCGCUGAUCUUUUGAGCACAACCCCUCUAGACCAGAAGGCAAUGUUGGUGCAGUUCCUGCUGCGCAAGUACAACAUGAAGGAGCCCAUAACAAAGCAUAACAUGCUAAAGUAUGUCAUCAAAAAGGACAAGGCACACUUCCAUGAGAUCCUCAAGAAAGCCUCUGAGCUCAUGGUGCUGGCUUUUGGCAUUGAUGUGAAGGAAGUCCAUCCAACCAGGCACUACUAUGUCCUUAUCAGCAAAUUGAAUCGCACCUGUGAGGCAAGGCUGAGUGGUGAGGAGAUCAUGCCCAAGACUGGCCUCCUGAUGACUAUCCUGUGUGUGAUCUUUAUGAAGGGCAACUGUGCCACUGAGGAAGAUAUCUUGCAGGUGCUUAAUGUAAUGGGGAUAGAUGCCAGAAAGAACCACCCUUUCUAUGGGGAGCCCAAGAAGCUCAUCACCCAAAAUUUCAUAAAGGAAAGAUACCUGGAGCGCCGGCAGGUACUCAACAGUGAUCCUGUGCGGUAUGAAUUUCUCUGGGGUCCCAGAGCCCAUGCAGAAACCAGUAAGAUGAGAGUCCUUGAGUUUUUGGCCAAGAUCCAUGAUACUGUCCCCAGUUCCCUUCCAUCUUUGUAUGAAGAAGCUUUGCUAGAUGAAGAAGAGAGAGUCCGAGGCAGAUUUGCAGCUAUGCUUCCUACUAGUGCCAGGGCCAAUGCACGUUCCAGGGUCAAUUCCAGCAGCUUCACCCCUAGAGAAGUCUGAAGCACUUUCCUCACUUUGAAGAGAACACUCAAUCUUUUAAGUAGUGGGGGACCCUGGAGGUGUUAGAGGGAACAUAGUACGUAUUAUAUCUGUAUUCCUGUUCUACAUGAGUAACUUGUACACUUAUCUUUUGUUUUCGUUGAAAGUUUUCAAAUGUUAUUUAUUUUAUAAAAAGGUUAAUUAGCUUUAGAAUCUAGCUGUAUGAAUAAUAUUGGUUAGAUAUUUAAUGUUGUUUAUGACACUUUAGAGUUAAGAGGCUUUUUUUAAUCUGUUAAAACAAAUUGAGAAACCUUUCAUCUUAUUUAGUGAUCUGGAACAAGAAAACAUGACACCGAAAUAGGCAUUUCCUUAUAAAUGUGAAAUAAUCAGCAGUAAAAUAGUUAAGAUUAAGAAAUAGAGAAAAAAGUAAAAGACGGUAAACUUUUGUAUUUCCUGAUUUCUUCUAUUCUGUUGUUCUGUAAAAUAAAAGUUAAAUACCUGAAUUUGCUUUGCUUAUUCAAGAAUGUAGAAAGCAUUAAAGAGUUAAUACAUU